AUGGCCGUUGAGCCGAAACUAGACACAAACUUGGUUUGGAAAAAUGUGUACACCAGACUUCCAGUUAACAUAGACUUUCAAAGACUUCCAAAGACAUCCAGAGACUUCCAAAGACUUCCAAAGUUUCCCAAAGUUUCCCAAAGACUUCCAAAGACAUCCAAAGACUUCCAGAGACAUCCAAAGAAUACCAAAGACUUCAGAAGACAUCCAAAGACUCCCAAAGACUUCCAAAGACAUCCAAAGAAUUCCAAAGACUUCCAACGUAGCAGUACGGCUUGCGUGGUGCUCCUCAACGCCGAGACCUGCCACCUCUACACCGCCAACAUCGGCGACAGCGGCUUCAUGGUGGUGCGACGCGGCGAGGUUGUACGUCGCUCCGAAGAGCAACAGCACUACUUCAACACGCCCUUCCAGCUGUCGCUGCCGCCGCCUGGAUACAGGCAGGAGGUGCUCUCCGACAGACCAGAUUCGGCAGUCACAGAGGAUUUUCCGGUAGAGGACGGGGACGUUAUCCUGGUGGCUACCGAUGGGGUGUUCGAUAAUUUGCCGCACAACCUCAUCGUCAACGAGCUCGUUAAGGUAGGAAAAAAUGAAGGGUUCAUCACAAAGCAAGCAGUGGACGAUGCAGAUUCGCUAACAAUACAGACAGCUAUUGAAAUGUCUUCCUCUACCCAAAUCACCGUUGUUGGAGAAGAUGUAGAUCUACUUAUUCUACUCAUAGCUUUGGCUCCAGCAGAACGCAACAUUUAUUUUCUCAAACCAAAAAAAGGCAAUGUAUUAAGGCAAAAUGGUACUGUUCCCGCGAACUACAAACCAAUAUUAAAUAACAGAGCAAUAUCCUUCUCUCACAUACCUUUAGGGGUUGUGAUACCACAUCAUGUUUCUUUAAAAAAGGAAAGUUGGAAUGCUUCAAACUCAUGA